UGACAGCCCAAUAGUAUCUUGUUUUCGGACCACGAUCCAAAUCGAUCAAACCUACCGAAGGGCUCUACGGAGUACCUCUACAGCACUGUACUCGUGCAACAGCAGAGCGCAUACAUCAGAAUGAUAUUCGACACUUUCCUGCGUUUCCGAGUCCCUGUCAGUCCUUCAGACCAACCAGAUCAACUACAAAAGCAACAACCAAAGCAACAACCAAAGCAACAACCAAAGCAGCAGUCCAAGCAACAAGCGAAACCAACCCUACUAAACAUAACAGAACUUCCCCCCUGGUACGACCCAAACCCCUACAUCUACAGCUCCUACCGCCCCCUCACCAACUCCUGGCUGCACUCCCUCCUCAGCUGGACAUAUCUCCACAACGAGACAACAAAUAUCUUCUCGCACCUGAUUCCUGCCGUGAUACUCUUCGUCGGUCUUGGGUGGUUAUACGAGCACCUCCACAGCAGACACGUAGAUCUCACGCAGUUUGAUUGGACCGUUGUCUCCGUGCAGCUGCUCUCGGGGGCUAUCUGCCUGCUUGUCUCGGCGGUGUACCACACGGGGCUCAAUCAUUCGGAGGGCGUGGCGGGGAGACUGCUGGGGUGUGAUUAUGCGGGGAUUAUGGGGUGUAUGGUGGGAUGUUUUGGGAGUGGGUUGCAUUUUGGGUUUUAUUGUUGCCCGGGGGUUAAGUGGUUUUAUUGGGGAGUGAUCGUGGUGCUUUCCUCGAUGAAUGCUGUGUUUCUGUUGAAUCCGAGAUUCAGUGGGCCGGAAUGGCGUCGCGUGAGGUUGGGUGGUUUCAUUGGUACGGGGUUAUCUGCUUUUGCGCCGAUUGCUCAUGCGUGGGUUCUUUGGGGACCAGUGUAUCUCUGGAAUAUCGGGGUUCCUUAUUACCUUCUCGAGGGAUUGCUGCUGUUUAUAGGGUGUUGGUUUUGGGAGAUUUCCCGAAUCCUCAUACCCCGGCAAAUUCGACACUGGGGCCACUCACACACUACAUGGCAUAUCUUUGUUACACUUGCCAUCGUCUCGCAUAUCGCCGGUCUACUCAGUGCCAUGGAUUAUACUUAUUCCCGGGGAUGUCAUAUUGCUACCUAG